UGCCUAUAAGUAAGACUAGAGUUCUAUACAAGUCCUCUUCACUCCCAAGAAGCUAAAGAAAGAAAGAGAGAUCAGUUUGCUAAAACCAUGGCAACCCUCGUUGUUCCUCACGAAGUUAAUUUUGUUGAAGAUGCAGAAGGUCUCAGAAAAGCUGUUGAAGGAUGGGGGACAAAUGAGAAGACUAUAAUUUCAAUUCUUGGUCAUAGAAAUGCAGCUCAAAGAAAACGAAUCAGGCAAGCUUAUUGGGACAUUUACCAAGAAGAUCUUGUUAAGCGUCUCGAAUCUGAGAUCUCAGGAGAUUUUGAGAGAGCCGUAUACAGAUGGAUAUUGGAUCCAGAAGAGAGAGAUGCAGUAUUAGCUAAUGUGGCUCUAAAGAAGGGUUCUGAUCAUCAUGUGAUCGUUGAAAUUGCUUGCGUUCGAUCUUCAGAGGAGCUCUUGGCUGUGAGGAGGGCUUACCAUGCUCGCUACAAGCGUUCCUUGGAAGAAGAUGUGGCAGCUCAUACCACUGACGAUGUCAGAAAGCUUUUGGUUGGGUUGGUGACAGCUUUUAGGUAUGAAGGUACUGAAAUAGAUGUAAAAUUGGCCAAAUGUGAAGCUAAAAUUCUCCAGGAUGCGAUCAAAGAUAAGAAGUUUAAUCAUGAUGAAGUUAUUAGGAUCUUAACUACGAGAAGCAAGACACAGCUCCUUGCUACCUUCAACCACUUCAAAGACAGCCAUGGAACUUCCAUUACUAAGGUUUUGUUGAGUGAGCUUCAUGAUAGUGAGUUCAAACGACUGGUUCGCGCUGCCAUUCGAUGCAUCGGUGAACCUCUUAAGUACUUUGAGAAGGUUCUGAGGAAUGCAUUUAAACGGGUUGGGACUGAUGAGGAUGCAGUUACUAGAGUGAUUGUGACAAGGGCAGAGAAGGACUUGCGUCAUAUCGCGGAGUUCUAUCGCACCAGGAACAAUGUGCCUCUUGAUCAAGAAGUGGACAAGGAAACUCGUGGGGAUUACGAGAAAUUCCUCCUUGCUCUGCUGGGACGUAAAGAUUAAGAUUAGUGUCUUAAUCAUUUCACAGUUUUUUCAGUUGGAAAAUAAAGAAUGAGUUUGUAUUGUGUUGGUAUUGAGUGCUUUCUUUCUGGUGUGAGACGAUAUGUAUCCAAUUCUAUGCUAUCUUAGAAGUUGCCUUGUUGUUGUUGCAUACUUGAACAAUACAAUUAUUAUUGAUUAUGCACAAUCUUUUUUCUUCUUC